GUUUUCAAAUUAAAAUUUAAUAUACAUGGAGGAAGUGUGGCAUCGUUGUCUUCUGGGAUCGCACCUUUCCCGACGAGCAUUAAGUCGAAAUUAAAUCUUCUACCCAUCGAGGACAGGUACUUUUAUGCAUUUGGCUUCCGUUGUUGGGUGUGUGAGUGGAAUCUGAGAAGAAGCGAUGUCCCGGCGAUCGUACAAGACGGAGUUGGGUUGCAUAGCAUGCGACGAACUGGGCGAGCUGGGAGCGGGGAAGCCCCACUGGCUGGUGGAGACCCCUCAGCUCCUCUGCGCCAUCGACACGCACUCUCUCCUCCUCGCCAACCGCUCCACCAUCCUCCUCCUCUCCUGGUCCUCCGACUCCACCGCCGCUGCACCGCCGCCCCUCAAGAUCCGACCCGACCUCUCCCCCAUCGAUGCCGAGUCCAUCUCCGCCCUCGAGUGGCUCGCCUUCCGCGACCACCGCGUCAUCGUCGCCGGCACCUCCUCCGGCUACCUCCUCCUCUACUCCCUCCAAGGGGAACUGAUUCACCGCCAGAUGAUUUAUCCUGAACGAGUUUUAAAGUUAAGAGUUCGUGGAACAAAGAAAGAUUUGAUUCAAGAUACCUCCUCAGAAGAGUUUUGUCUCAUUAUGUCAGGUGUAAUUGCCCGUUUUGAUGGCUCUGAUAUUCAGAAUAUGCUGCAAAAAUGGUUUGAAGAAGCAAACUCUCGAUUUUCAGAUCAAAACCCAAAGAGCCAAGAUUCAGAGGAUUUUGAAAAUACUGAUGUAAAAAUACCUUACCAGUUAUGGAAUAUUGGCAAGUAUGGUACUUGUGCUGAUGCAGCAAUUACUGGCAUAAUGCCCCCUCCACUUAUGGAACAACAACAGUCAAAUCAACGAUAUUAUUGUGCAGUGGCUGUUGGAGAGGAUGCCGUGAUUUCAGCAUACAGACUUUCUGAGAACAAAGGCAGGUCUUUAGUGGGAGCUAUCUUGUCUAAAGUUGUACCUGCAACAUUUUCCACUAUAAGUUCUUUUUCUAAGUUGAUAUGGCGGAAUGAACGGUCGUCUCCAAAGAAGUCAGAUCUGAAGCCUCGGCCAUUUGCUCGAGCUUCACCUCUGACAUGUUUAAAGGAUCACCCUAGGAAAGGUGAGAAGCUUACCUUAUCACCAAGUGGUACAUUGGCAGCUAUAACAGAUUCACUUGGUCGCAUAUUGCUGCUUGAUACUCAAGCACUUGUGGUGGUGCGCUUAUGGAAGGGAUAUAGGGAUGCCAGCUGUCUAUUCAUGGAGAUGUUGGUGAACAAAGAUAUAGCAUCAUCAAGCUCUUCUUAUUCUGAACCAUUGAAGAGUGAUUAUUGCUUGUGUUUGGCUAUUCAUGCACCUAGGAAAGGAAUUAUUGAGAUCUGGCAAAUGAGAACCGGACAACGUCUUAGAACGAUUUCGUGCACAAAAGGUAGUAAAAUGUUACAACCCAGCUACAGGUUUGGAGCAUCAGUGUCCUCUCCUUAUGUCCCUCUGGAAGUUUUCUUGUUAAAUGGGGACUCAGGUCAGAUAUCAGUCUUAAAUAGAACCUUGGAUUCUUGAUAGCUUUUGUCGUUAAUUUUUUUAUUCUUUCUAUUUGCUAAAUCAAAAACAAUAUUUGUAAAAAGAAAAAGACAGCAUGAUGUUAUUAAGCCCGUUAUAUGCGAGAUCAUAGAAUGGUGGAUCCACUUGCAUUUCAAUUCAGUAAUGGUGAUUAUUGUC